AUGAAGACAAUUUUUUUUCAGUUCUACGACGACAUGGGUGCUAACCCAUCAGCCAUUCCAGUUGGUUUUUCUGGUCGCCCAGAGCACAUUGCAAAGGCGAUUGCUUUCUUGGCUGAUCGAGAUUCUUCUGAAUACAUUAUCGGUCAGAACAUCAUUGCUGAUGGAGGCACCAGUCUGGUUCUUGGUUUUCACGCACAGUUUCCGCGACCAACAGAAAAUAAAUGA